CCAAACCGGUCCCCUCCCCUCAGCAACACGGCUGCUGCUCCUCACCGCGGCGACAGGGGUUUCCCCUUAGCCGCUGCCGCUGCCGGCCGAGUCCCGCCGCGCCCGCGGCCCGCGGCCGCAAUGCAGUUUAUGUUGCUUUUUAGUCGUCAGGGAAAGCUUCGACUGCAGAAAUGGUAUGUCCCAUUAUCAGACAAAGAGAAGAAAAAGAUCACAAGGGAACUUGUUCAAACCGUUUUAGCACGUAAACCUAAAAUGUGCAGCUUUCUUGAGUGGCGAGAUCUGAAGAUUGUUUACAAAAGAUAUGCUAGUCUGUAUUUUUGCUGUGCUAUUGAGGAUCAGGACAAUGAGCUAAUUACCCUGGAAAUAAUUCAUCGCUAUGUGGAACUACUUGACAAGUACUUUGGCAGUGUGUGUGAACUUGACAUCAUCUUUAAUUUUGAGAAGGCGUAUUUUAUUUUGGAUGAGUUUCUUUUGGGAGGGGAAGUUCAGGAAACAUCCAAGAAAAAUGUUCUCAAAGCAAUUGAGCAGGCAGAUCUACUGCAGGAGCCACGUCAUGAAUAUUUUAAUGUCCCUGUGUACUAAAUGACUACUCAUCGAGUAUGCAGAAUUUCACAGAGGAAAUAGAGAGCUGAUAUACUUAUGAAAGAAAAUAUCCUCAGCUUGGUGAUGCUGGUUAUCUUGUUGUAAUAGUUGUAGAAUAUUUUAGAACCAAUACCUUUACAAUUGUAUUUUUUCCCUGUUCCUAUCCCUAGCCCUUUUCCGUUUUAUUUUCAUUCUACAUGUGAUCUUGGUUUGGCUUAUGCCUGCUCCAACUGGUUUAAUUUCUUGGAAAAAAUAAGACCUAUGAAUGUUUUGAGUAAUAUUUCAUCGUAAAUAUAUACAUGUUAUCGUUAAUGAAUCAUCUGCGACUAAUCUCGUAAGAGGAAACCUUGCAAUCUUUAAAAUGUUUACCAAAGAAAAUAUAGCCGGAAUGCUAGGUCAAAACAAACGGCGCCAUAAUAAGUAGUGUGGUUUGGUCUUCAAAUGAUGAUAUAUUUAAAAAAGAAAACUGUAUUUACUGUCACGUCACACCUGUAUGAGCUCAUAUGUCCUAAUAUAUCACAGAAAAGUGUAUGUGGAAAUAAUACUUGAAGGUAAAAUUAAUCUGUACCAGUACAUAAUAUUUAAAAUAUUUCAUGUUUUGGGAAUUUUGUAAUGUCUCAUGUAUUGAAUCACAUUUGUGCUAUAUACUAUCAAUCCUUUUUAGAACUAUCAGAAAGUUAUGUUGGAAGAGUAUCGCCCACAAUAUCUGUAGCUCAAUAUUAAGUAACCCUUUAAAGUAUUAAUUCUGAUUUUUUUAUAUAGUGAAUAUUUUAAUAUUCAGUUUAAAUACCUAAAUACUUAUAUUUUGCUAGUUACCAUUUUAUAAUAUAAAUCUUCAUUUAAAUCCUUAAUGCUUUGUUAAUGAUGAUUUUAUACUUUAGGAUAUUAAAAUCUUUACUAUUGAUCAUUAUUGUGUAUACUUUUAAUAGAACCUGCAAUAGAUUUUAUUAUCAAAGGAAAAGUAUCAAAUAAUUCAUUGUUUUUUCUCUAGAAAGGCUGAGUUUUAAGAUACUCAGGCUAACUUACAACUGCACGAAGGCCUAUGAAAAUGCGUUUUGACCAAACUUAGCAUUAGGCAGUACAGUUAUUUUCCAUCCUUACCAUUCUCGCUGUCACGCGCUACAUUUGAAGCCCCUGUAUGGGGCUAUCCGUGAGAAAUUUAGCAUUAUACAUUUGAAGCCUUGGGAAGCAUUGGUCUUUCUUUUCCAUUUUUCUCCUCCAUCCCCCCUGCCUGGCAAUAUACUAUUCAUAUGGUUUUAAUGCUACAUAAAUAUUCAUUGUCUCAUGCCUGUUUGCUUUGGAUGCUGUGUGCCGAGCUGUAACAUGUUGCUGCUUUUGUUAUCUGUAUACUGCUGCUUGCUUUAAAUUAGUCGACUCUGAAAAAGCUUCCUGGCAUGUUUAAAAUAAAAGUAUUGCAUGUACUUUGUCUCAUGUGAAUGACUUUUUUCUUCUUCAUCCCGUUUGAUAAAAUAACGUAUUUUACACUUUAGUUUUUCCAGGUAAUUUUGAGCUAUAAUUUAUAGUGUGAACAUGUGAAAAUUAUAUUAAUUAUAAACACAAUUUGUAAAAAAAAAAACUCCAAUGCACUAUUUGUUCAAGUCUCAAAGGAGUAAAAUGUGUAAAUGAUUCUUUGAAACAUAGGCUGUUUAUUUUAAAUAAUGCGUAUUCGAUAAACAACGUGAUUCUCUUCAGCAAAUGGUGUAGAAAAUUGCAGGCAGUGAUCGCCUAGGGAAAAUCUGACCAGCUCCAGGAAAUAGUUGGGGACAUGUUUAGCUGGAUAAGCUAAGACUGGUAACUGGAUAGAAUGCAGUGUAAGUGUCCUUUAAUGGAUACCUUCAAGGUUGUCUGAAGUUUUUAAGAAAUAUUUAACAUAAAAUGGAAAUCAUUGUUUUAAAAUCGUUUUCCUUUAUGUGACUCAAAUGCCAUUCUCUCUGUAUUCAGUAUUUUAAUGGCUAAUCGUUAGAAAUGAAAGAGACUGGCUUAAGUCACUUUUUGGAAACUUAGAUAAAUUCCAUUAGACUUUCUUUGGAAACCUUCUCUUGAAGACUUUGAGACACUAAUAUAGAGACAGACAUGAGGAACCCUUGUGUGCCUGUCACGCAGCCUCACCAACCAUAAGCCAAAUCCUAUGCUUGUUUCAUCAGCCUCACUGUUUAGAGCCAGCCCUAGACAUCAUAUCAUUGCAUCUCGAAAUACUUAAUGUAUCCGUAACAGAGAAGCGCCACGCUCAGCAAAAUUAACAGUAAUUCCUAAUAGCUUGUCCAGGGUUCAUUUUGUCCUGUCUUUUUAUAAUUGGUUAGAACUAAGUUCCCCAAGGCUCCCGUUGCAUCUGGUCCAUGUGUCUCUUUAAGUCUUUUUUUUUUUUAUAGAUUAAUUUGUUUAUUUUUAUUAUUUAUCUUAAGGCUCUUUUAAUCUAUCACAGUUCCUUGGCUUUUCCGUUUUUUAAAACUGUCGUUUGUGUUACCGCUUUACCUUGUAUAUUUGGCUGAUGAUAUUCUCGUGACGAUGUUUAAGUUGUUGUUUUGUCCCCCGUAUAUCGUUAGAUCUGAGCCUGGUUUGAUUCAGGUUCAAUUUUUUGGCAAGAACACUUGGUAGAUUUAACUGCUUCUUAUAAAAAGUAUACAUACCUUUUUUCACUAAAGCUGGUUUACACCCAUUUUUCAGUACACAAACGUACUAAAAUGUUAUAUGACCUUUAUACAUAGAGUUGGUUUAUAGUAGUUUCAUUUAGAUUUCAUUUAUAUAACUAGAACAGCUGUCUCUCAUAAUUU